CAUUGUUUGCCACCACACUUCCGGUAUUGGAAGUGGCCGGCUAAGACGACAAACUGACGCCCCGGGAAGUUGUAGCCGCUUUGCGUCGCAGGAAAUUUGUAGUUAUGGCAGGGGUAGGAAUAGGAUGUUUAGUCCUGCUCAUUUUACCAGCUUUAAUGUCAGCUGGCAAGGCGAAGGGACCUAAAGUAACAGAUGUUGUUUUCUUUGACAUAGAAAUUGGGGGCAAACCUGCUGGAAGAAUUGAAAUUGGAUUGUUUGGUAAAACUGUACCAAAAACUGCUGAAAAUUUCAAACAGUUGGCAAUGAGUACAAAGGGGGAAGAAUUCACAUACAAAGGCAGCAAAUUUCAUCGAGUUAUUAAAGACUUCAUGAUUCAGGGAGGUGAUUUCACGAGGGGAGAUGGAACAGGAGGAAAGAGCAUUUAUGGAGAAAAAUUCGCAGACGAGAACUUUAAGCUGAAGCAUUAUGGCUCAGGAUGGUUGUCAAUGGCUAAUGCUGGCAAGGACACAAAUGGAUCCCAAUUUUUCAUAACCACUAAAAAGACUCCCUGGCUGGAUGGUAGACAUGUUGUGUUUGGAAAAAUUAUUUCAGGAAUGAGUGUUGUGAGGAAAAUUGAAAGCACCAAAACUGGAGCCAAUGAUAAGCCAGAAAAGGAUGUUGUCAUUGCCGACAGUGGACUUGUCAAAGCUGAUCAAAGUUUUGCUGUAGAAAAAACAGACGCUGAAGAAUAAGAAUUCCAAGUUUUCUUUAUUUAUCUAAAUCCAAAUACCUUUUCUUUUGUCUUAAAUUUGCUAGGGAUAUGACAUUUAAUGUUUGGACUAAUUGUGUUGUUUCGAAUGCUGAGUUAACAUCUUUAAUUACCGAAAUAGAACUACCAAUUCCCUCAAAUUUUUCUACACUGUGUCAAUGUAAUUUUUUUGUAAUUAUUUACAUAAUUUGUAAUGUAAAUAAAAAUUAUUUGUA